AUGUCGCAAGACACCGGAUUGUUCAGCAUCAGGCGCCCACGAGAGUCCAUGGCUCUCGGGAGCGUUCAGAACUAUUCCGCCCUUCCCCAGCCCUCAUCUGCCCUCAAACGUACCAGUUCCGUCGGAUAUCAGAACCCUCCCUUUACCUCGCAGCACACACGCUCCAUGUCGCUUAUGAACUCUGCUAGUCGCCCACAACAGCCAAAUUUCCAGCGAUCUUCAUCCGGCGGCGGCCUUGGUGCAGAUGCUGGUCUCUCGUCAGUCCGACGCUCGGUAUCGAGUAAUAUGUUCCAUGGACCUAGCGUGGGACGCCCCAGCUUUGCUCCUGGAGGGAUGGCAUCGAACACAGCAGCCGCGCAGGCGCUACAGCGAAGGAGCAGUGUGUUUUCACGUCCAUCCAUGGGUGGCGCCAUGGCGCAUCAGUCGUUCUUCACUCAGGUUCCCACCGUAGCCGGCGUUCCAAGAGACCCAAGGCCUCUCAGAGACAGGUCUUUCCAGGCGCGGAUUGGCCAGGAACUCUUGGAGUACCUAACACAUAACAAUUUUGAGCUCGAAAUGAAGCACUCAUUAGGUCAGAAUACACUACGCUCGCCUACCCAGAAAGACUUCAACUACAUCUUCCAGUGGCUAUAUCACCGCAUCGAUCCAGGCCAUAAGUUUCAGAAGAGUAUGGAUGCGGAAGUGCCGCCCAUCUUGAAGCAGUUACGUUAUCCCUACGAGAAAGGUAUCACGAAGUCUCAAAUCGCAGCAGUUGGAGGCCAGAAUUGGCCCACCUUUCUUGGUAUGUUGCAUUGGCUCAUGCAACUGGCACAAAUGAUGGAUCGGUUUCUUCUUGGCGAAUAUGAUGAAGCAUGCGCAGAAAUGGGCGUGGACGUCUCGGGCGACCGCAUUAUUUUUCGAUUCCUCACAAGUGCGUACCAUGACUGGCUGCAGGGAGGGGAGGAAGAAGAUGAUGAAACGGCAGAGAAGAGACUUGUUCCUCAUGUCGAAAUGAUGGCCCAGGAGUUCGAAAAAGGCAAUGAGAAAUACGUGCAAGAGAUGCAGGUCCUCGAGGCCGAAAACAGAGCGCUACGCGAUCAGAUCGAGGAGCUGGAGAAAAAUGCCCCGGAUAUGGCCAAGCUAGACAAACAUUUUCGUAUCCUAGAAGAUGACAAAAGGAAAUUCGAGGACUACAACCAGAACGUGCAGGGCAAGAUCGAGAAAUACGAGAAUCGAAUCAAAUUCUUGGAGGACGAACUAAGGAAGACCGAAGCAGACCUGCAAGCUGCAGAGGAUGAGCGGUCGGGUCUUCAGGCCAGUGUCGACCAGCAAGGUCUGACUAUUCAAGACAUUGAUCGCAUGAAUACCGAACGUGAGCGGUUACAGAAAAACCUCGAAGACACUGUCAAUCGCUUGGAAGAAACGCAUGCACGAGUCAUGGCUAAGGAGGCCGAAGCUAGCAAGAAGCUAGAGGACUUGGAGGAGGUCAUUAAAGCUUACAAUACUCUCGGCUAUCAGAACAGUUUGAUCCCAUCAUCCGCCGUGAACGCCAAGGGAGAUGAGUACGAGCUCAGCCUUAAUGUCAACGAGAGUAAUUUCUCAUCGUCGCAAAUUGGUGGUCUCCCGAAAACAAUUUCUCCAGAUGGUGAUCGACUGCUUGCGGAGCCGUUUACAGGAUACCAUCCGGCUCAUUUGUUGAAUCUUGACCUGCGAGGUGCCGUUCGUAGUAAUCUUCAGUCCCUUCGCAAGGAUAUCAAUGAACGUCGGAAACGCGCAAUUGACGACGACAUGGAGCGUCGCAAUCUGUUGGACAAUAUCAAGGAAGCCAUGGACGAGAAACGAAGUGAAGUCGAGGCCUUGGAACACAAGCGGCGCGCAGCCGAAGAAGAAUUUGAAAGGCUUAAGGAGAUCACAACUACUCAGAAGCUCGCUUCGGAUGCACAGAUUGAGAAGAUGGAAAAGGAGCUGGCGAAGAUGCGCGCCACGCUUAGCGAAAGCGUCCAGCUGAUGGAACAACGCGAGAUGAAUACCAAUAUCGAAUACGAACAAUUGACGCUUCGUGCGAAUUCUCUGCGGGAAGAACUGCACACGAAUGUGGAAAGCAUGCUGAACGAUGUGAUUCGCUUCAAGGUUCACAUACAAAAAGGACUGGAGGACUACGAGAGUUUUGUUGUUGACGAAGUAGAACAAGAGUUGGGAGGCGACAUGCAGUUCGCUGAGGAA